ACGAAUGACGGCCGGACGAUGGCGUCGUGAAACGUCACAAAGAACGAGAUAUGGUGAAUGCUAGGAUGUGCGUGCCUCGCGUUUCGAUUCGCGAUUUGAGUUAUUCAAAGUCAUUCAUAAAUGUUCGUCGAGUCAUUGCGGUCAAGUGCACCAUUACGAAGUAAUGAUCUGUGAAUCGAUUUUCUUUCCCGAUGAUGUUUUUUGCCGCACGGUGAAACUUUUGUAGCCGAAUUCAGGAAUGCCGCUUCCAUAUAUGAUAAUAAAGUGUGUAUAAGAAACGUGUCUUCCUCGAACGUUUUUCUUAAACAAUAUUAACAAAAUGGAGAUUUCAAUACGAGAAAGGAUCCUCAGCUUUGCUGAUGUUAUAAUGAGAGUGCCACCUUUAUUUAUUAUCGAUGAGUUACUCAGAAUAGGUCUUGGAUUACCUAAUGACAAUAUUGUGCUGGACAGUACUGAAAAUGGUUUCAAAACUACCAAUGUAGGCACAAUUGUUAAUUCCAUUUCUGCAGUUACGACAGACGCGUUCUCGAUGGACCAGUUUGAUUUAACUCGCUUUACUUACAAAACUUAUUUGAUAAUCAUAUUCAAAUUUUUAUCCUGCUGUCUGGGCUGCCUUGUAGCUUUAUACACAUUUAUGUUAUGUACUAGGCAUUUAAUAAUUGUAUACCUAUAUUUAAUAUCUGUUGGGGUGAUAUUUGUAUCAUAUUGGUCAAAUGUUAGUACAAUGAAAGCAAUUAUAGCUUACAUGAAUUCACAUGAACCUGCAAUCAGCAUACUUGACAAUAUAUUAUCCCUGAAUUUAUCAGACGUUCUGUAUAAUGGUCCUGGCUUACUGAUUAUACAGAACUACAUAUUGCAAUGCCUGUUAGCCAGUACCUUUUGUUACAUUCAUCUUGCUCCAAGACAUCCAGUGGUACAAAAAUUGCUUGUACUAAGUUUUAUGUCCCCAUCUAUUUUAGGCAUUCAUCCCUUACCGGUACAAUAUUUAUAUCAUGCGCCAGUAUGUGCGACGUUGAUUCCAUUAGCUGUGUGCAAAUUUAUCAUCUGGUAUAACGGCAUCUCUAUAUUAAAAACACUCUACAUGGGCUAUCGACAUGCACACAACUUUACAGUCAACUAUGGUUUAUCCGCUCUCGCGGAAACGGAAUGGAUGCGUCUGAACGUACCAUGCGUGCUUCGUACAUUUUGGAUAUUACGAGUGGGAGAACAGGUUAUCCAAAUCUUUGGAAAUCACUAUGGCGAAGAAACCUUUAAUUAUUACGUCAUGGUCAGAACGCUACUGGUAAAUGGUUGCGAAACUUUGACAGCUGUUCUCGGUAUGACCAGCAUAAUUUCGUUCAUCUGCCACUAUAUCGGUUGUUUCUUCCAAUGGGUACUGCUGACAGAAGAUGAGGAUGAGAAGAGUAUCGGCACAGUAUCCGCUAUAUUGUUCUACAUUCUUGCACUGCAAACUGGACUUACAAGUCUUGAUAGAGAGAAACGUUUAGUACGAUUAUAUCGUAAUUUUUGUCUAUUGUUCACGGCAAUUUUACAUUUUGUGCACAAUAUAGUGAAUCCACUUUUGAUGUCGCUCAGUGCUUCUCAUAAUCCGGCACUACACAGGCAUUUGCGGGCUUUGGCAGUUUGUGCCUUUCUAAUAUUUUUUCCCGUAUCAUUACUUAUAUUUCUCUGGUCUCACUUUACGGUGAGCACGUGGUUAUUGGCUGUAUCGGUUUUUAGCAUCGAGGUAAUAGUUAAAGUACUGGUCUCGUUGGCAAUUUAUUCGCUCUUUCUGAUUGACGCUUAUAGAAGUGCAUUCUGGGAACAAUUCGACGAUUGUGUAUACAUUAUAAGAUCAUUUGGCAACACUGUAGAAUUUGCUUUUGGUAUUAUACUAUUCUUCAAUGGUUUCUGGAUAUUAGUCUUCGAAUCUGGUGGAGCUAUUCGUGCCAUCAUGAUGUGUAUACAUGCCUAUUUUAACAUCUGGUGCGAAGCAAAGGCCGGAUGGAGCGUGUUCAUGAAAAGGCGCACGGCUGUGAAUAAGAUCAACUCUUUACCGGAAGCGAAUGCCGAGCAGCUCGCACAACUCGACGAUGUCUGCGCAAUUUGUUAUCAGGAGAUGCAAAGCGCCAAGAUCACACAAUGCAAUCAUUAUUUUCAUGGUGUAUGCUUGCGAAAGUGGCUGUACGUUCAAGAUCGAUGUCCUCUUUGUCACGAUAUACUAUACAAAGUUGAAAACGUGCAAAGCAGAGACAAUGGUGUUCUUGCAGUUGAGGAAAUCAGAAGAAACGACAUUCAUCCCAGAAUUUGAAAUGUAGAAUUUGCGCUUUCGGGAUUAUUUUUUUCUUCAACAGUUUCUAGAAACUAAUUUUUGAGUCUGGUGGUGCCAUUAUGACAUACGAUAUAUGUACAUACAUGUUUACAAAAUCUCAUUUUAAUAUCUCGUGCAAAGUAAAAGCUGGAUAGAGUAGGCUUAUGAACCAGCAAACAAGUGUGUAUAAAAUCAAAAGCGGAAGCUGAAUAAUUUGAAAAAUAUUCACGAGAUUUAGAGAAAUGCAAAACUCCAAAAUCAUUCAGUAUCCAGUAAGCAUUAUACGUUAAAGAUCCUCGUUAUUAAGAAUAUAUAUUACACAUAGUUAAAGAUGUGCAAAACAAAGAUAAUGGCCCUCUUAGUGGCAGUUGAAGAAAAAAGAAACGAUAUUGAAAAUAAUGUAUUUUUAUGCAUAUUAAGCAAAAUUCGAAUGUUUAUUUUUAUCAGAAGAAUCAGAGACUACUGACUGGAUUUAAAAGAUAUAUGGAGCGGCAUGUAAACUGAUAAAUAAAAAUAUAUAUUCACAAUUUUUAAAUUACAAAGUACCGGAAGCCUAGAAAAUUUUACUUUUCGUAAAUCGCUCAGACUUGAUUAUUACGAAGCAUCGUAAAUUGUAAGUUAUAAUUACUAUGUAAGAACUCUCAAGUCUUUCGUCCAGUUUCAUGUAAAAUCUUGUAAAUAAACUGGAGCAAUUAUUUAGGAGAAAAAAAAUUACAUGCGACGAUUAUCUUGUUAUAAGAAAGUAUUUGGCGUAUAAUCUCAAACCUUUGGCUCUUUGUCGAUUCAAUGGGUGUCUAUCGCUAAAUGUAUUUUUGGAUCGAUGUUAUGACUGCUCGACAAUAGAAAUGCCGUAACAUACGAAUUUUUGUACAAAGAAAUACAUACAUUUUGCAUAUAUAUAUAUAUAUAUAUAUAUAUAUAUAUAUAUAUAUGCAAAAUAUAUAAAUGUGCCGAUAUGUGCAUAAAUUCGUAUGUUAAGGCAUUUCUUUUGUCAUGUGCACACACAUGCAUACAAGCAUAUGUAUAGUGUAAUGCAAUGAUAUAAGCUUCCCUGUACAUGACGUAUGUGCUUCCAUUUUUCUUAAUUAUAAGGUGUGUUUAUUUUGCUCGCACUUUAGAAUUUUCUGCAUUUGAAACAAGAUAUACAAAUAUAUAUAUUCGAGUGUUGAGAAGAAAGUAAAAGUGAAGAGUGUUAGUGUAAGCAAAAGUGCAAGCAAAACGAACAAACCUAUCAUACAUUUUUCUACUCAAUUAAAAGAGAGAUAGCACUUUAAGAUUUAUUUUAUAAGAGAUAUAAAUUAAAGAAAAGGAAGAAGUGUUAAUAAAAUCUUAAUUUUAUUACAACAAAUAAUAUUUGAUUAUAAUUAUUAUAACAAAUCUUUUUCACUUUCGGCAAUUAAGCUAAAAUAAUGAUUUAUUUUUGUAAGUGUAAUUUAAUAUUAUUAAGUAUAUAAUAUAACAUACAUUAUAUAAGACUCCAAGUUUUAUGAUUUUUUUUCUUUAUAAAGUAAGAAUUUAAUGACUACAAUGAAAAAACAGGAGCUUCUCAAAGAUGGUAUCAAACUAAUCAAAUAAAAAUUAAAUAACUAUUAAAUAGAGAAUUGUAUGUUCAGAUUUUGGACGGAUAUCCAGAAGAAACACAAUCAUUUAUUAAAUUUUUGCAGUUUUAUCUAAUAUUUUAAUAUAUGUCACAUACUUAAGGAAAACUGGAGCGAAUUUUCGAGUAAAUGAUAGCUUCUGCCUCUCCAGAAUCGAUUGCAGUUGGUAAUAAUUUUAAAUAAAUAAGUUUUUAUUCAUCCGCUUCCUUUUUAUUUCGUAAAAUUAAUAUUAUUAUAAGUGAAAAUAAGAUAUUUUAUUGCUAUUAGAAACAAAGAUACUGUGGUAUAGAAUAAUAUAUCUUAAUGAUUAUAUGCUCAAAACUUUGACAGAUAUAAGAUAUUAUAUAUUAAUUCGAUGAUUUAACUGCUCAUCACAAUCAUGAUUAUGUGAUGAUCAAUUUUAAGAUAUAUGUUUAAAUAUGCUUUAUAAUAUGUUUAAAAAUGAAGGGAUUAUUUAAGGAAUUUUUAAAGGAAUCAAAAAUAAUUGAAAUUAAAAAUUUUUAUUUAGUGGUAAUGAAAAUGUAAUAACUUGCAUUUUGAUAUAGCUAUCAUCACAUUUAUUAUAAAUUAAUCAAGUUUAAAAAAUUUCUAAAUGCAACUAAAGAGAUACAAUUUUAAAUAAAAAAAUGUAUUUGAUUUCAUUGUGAUUAAUUUUUUAAACAAAAUUUCUUGUAUGUAUGUAUGUAUAUAUGUAUGUAUAAUGUGUGUGUGUGUGUGUGUGUGUAUAUAUAUAUACGCACAUAUUUUAUGCAUAAUUUAUGAUUACUGAUGUUUUAAACAGACUACUAUUUGCAUAAAAGUUUGGGAUAUUUCAGUUUAAUCAUUUAUUUGUAUCAAAAAAUAAAAUAGGUAUAUGUUAAUAUAAGUUUGAUUUAUUCUAUAAAUUAAAAUGUUGUAAAUAGUAAUACAAUGAAUGUGCAAUAAUUGAGAAGGAGCAUGUAUAUGACUUUAUUUUACUGAUUUUAAUCACAUAGCUAUUUUAUAAAUUAUAAUGUAUAUUAUUUAUAUAUUAUUCUUUUUUUUUCUUACGCAAGUGAUUAUCUUUUACUGUUGAUUUGAUAACAACGUAUUUAAAAAAUUGAAUUUUAUUAUUUUUUUAUAUUAGAUUAUAUAAACAUGACAUUUUUGUGAGAUGAAAAAAUAUUUGAGUGAGCUUUAUAUCUCUAUUA